UCACAAGCAGUUGAACUAAUAGUUAAUCAAUGAGCUAAAAUUCUAGUAAGUAUUCCUGGGUCAAAUUAAAUUUUCUUGUCAAAGCCUGUAUUGUCAUCUUUUCCCAUUACAAUCGAGGGUUUUUCUGAUCCAACCAGGUUUACUGCCCCAGUAAAUUUUAUCAAUUACCCUACACUUUUACUGAAAAAGCUUCAGAGCCUGUUAUUUCACCGGAACAAAGCUCGAAAAAAAAGUAUCUCUUGAAUUUUAUUGGCUUUUAGGAGCUAACAGUAAAUCAAACGGAAUUAUAUAUUGAAAUAAAACAUUGCUUAAAACAAUCCCGAUUUAAGUUGUAGUUACUUAAAAAACAAUUAAGGCACUUGUCAGAAAAUUCAUUUGCGAUAGUAAUCUCUGGCAACUUCAUUGUUACUUUCGGUUGUCUGGUAUCAGAUACGAAGAAUUAAAUGCUUCCAGCCUGAGCAAACAAAUCAACAAACAGUUAUUUUAGAGAGGGCAUAAAUAUCUCAAAGGAGUAUCUCUCUUCACCAAUCGUAAGAAGAGCACGCUUCGCUUCUCAAUCAGAGUGGGUAUAAAUUUUAAGUACACCUGCUUUUCAACUCUGAAAAUAGAUUAUAUCAACUGGUCCAUAAUGGGUAAGCAGCAGGGGCCAUAAAACCGGAAAUUAUAGCUUGUUUUUCCUCUUCUUGCUCAAAUUCCUCCCCCUUCUCCUUUCAAUUUGUAUUUUCCUCGCUUUGCAAAAUUAUAUAACUGUGUCGUCAUCAUACCUAAUUUCUCGUGGCUAGCAUCAAUAUUAAAUGAAACACAACCGCCAACGUCAAAAAUAUUUUGAAUCUUCAUUAGUUUUCAACCCUCAGGUCGCACGGUACGUUCGAUUUCUUGAGUUUCAACUAAUUGCUAGUUUAAUUGGCACUAUAAAGUUUUUACACUUCAGAUUAUAGAACACGCAUGGUAAGAAAAAUUCCACUUUAACUUUUCUACAACAUACGUUUAGUUCCAAAUCGAUUUCCGCAAACAAACAUCAUAUAAACAGCUUUCCAAAAUGGAUAACUCUUCGUUCACUUCUAUUGUCGUCUCAACUGGCAACAACGAAAGUGCCGAUGAAACUAAUGCAGGCGGCAUGACAAAAUACGAGAACAUGUAUUUCACAAAAACCGAGUGCAACUUAGCGUCUGUAUUUUUGAUCACGUGCGCUCUUCUGGGAACAAUUCUGAACUUCCUGGUCGCUUCAGUGUACGUCCAGAAAAGUACAAAAUGCACCUAUGAGAUCUUCAUUUUAUUUCUGGCUUUUAUCAAUUUGUCCGGAUGCUGUGGUUUGAUGGGUGUGGACUACUGGUUUGUAUUCUCAUCGUAUGAUUCAUGCAGGGAGCCUCCCGACUUCACUACUCAGCUGGCCAUGUUUAUGGAGUGUGGCUCAGUUCUCAUGCUCCUUAACAUUGCAAUUGACCGCUACCUGUCAAUCCGGUGGGCUGUGCACCAGCUCAUGACCGCUAAGAGAGCGUACUGUAUGUGUUGUGGGGCCAUGUUGGUGGCUGUCAGCGUCGCAUACUUGCCAUGGUAAGAAGACAUUGGGAUCUUUUCGAUUAUACCAACUAAAUGAUGAAAAUUGGAUGUGAAAAUGCUGUGUUGCAUAUGCUUUGGUAGUUUGUGUCUUUUAUUUCGUCAAAAAACCUGCCAAUAAUGUUUCAGCAACUGCAGUUUGAAGAAUUGGG